AUGCGCGGGUUUGAUGGGGAACGCAAUCUGAACACCGUGGAGUGUUUCCAGCGCAGAGAGGGCCGCACCUUCUGUGACUACGAGACCGCACAGCCCACCGCCACCCGGAAGGCCAGCGUGUUCCACCUGCUGUCAGAUGACGAUCUGGAGGAGAGUAUUGAGGUUGAACCGCGCAAAUCAGUCUGUUCCGUGGGUUUCGUCGGAGAUCUCGCAUCUACUCCGGCGGCAACAGCAUCCAGCCCCGUGCCCCGCCUGACCGAUGUAGGUCAUCGUUUUUGA